AUGUCUAUCUGGGAUGCAUUGACUGGACGGAAGUCCUCUUCCCAGUCGUCGUCUCCGAGUAGUGCGCCGCAGCCCCCUUCCACUUCAACCGAGCCGUAUCAUUCCACGCAGUUCGACCCGUCUUCAGCGCAAGGCGUGGAUGCGUUCCUCGGCAGCUCAGCGUUUGCCGACCCGACAACUUUACACCCUCUCGCCGGCCUGAAUAAGGAGGCCCUAGACUACAUCACUUUAGAAGACUCGGCACUCUCAAACCUCCCCGGAUCGCAAUCCGUUCUCCCGUCACGAGGCUUCACCGACGACCUCUGUUAUGGCACCGGAGUCACAUACCUCUCGGCGCUGGCUAUGGGAGGGGCCUGGGGAAUGCAGGAGGGCCUGAGGAGAUCAGCUGGCCAGCCGCCAAAGUUGCGGCUCAACUCGGUUCUCAAUGCCGUCACCCGGCGAGGGCCGUUUCUCGGAAACUCGGCAGGCGUCAUCGCUAUUUGCUACAACAGCAUCAACUCGUACAUUGGGUACGUGAGGGGCAAGCAUGAUGCCGCCAACACAAUCGCGGCGGGCGGCUUGAGUGGUAUGCUCUUCAAGUGCACCAGGGGAGUGCGGCCAAUGAUGAUCUCGGGAGCCCUGGUGGCAUCGGUUGCCGGAGUAUGGGCGGUUGGGAGACGAACCUUCUUUCCCAUCCCGGAACCGGCCCAUCACCCAGAAUGA